GAGACGGAGAUCAAACAAGCUAGAGACAGGAGUGCGGCGCGCGCUCGCUGCGGCCGCGCCAGUCCGAGCGGACCCCGGCGCACGCCCGUACACUGCUCCACGCUUCACCACUUAAUCUUGGCAACGUAAAUACUGAAACAUACGUCUGCUCGCCACCAGCGCGCCGUCACCACGCUCUCGUGCCGGUUCAAGGACUCUACGUGACCACCUCGAGGUGCUAACAUAAAGGGCCUUCUCUGUCACGUAUACAACCACCUGAUUUGUGUAACAUUUUUUAUCUAGGAUCUUUCACCUUCAACACAAAUAUCUUAUCUCGACCCAGCUUCCGAUUGGAUCGUGUUCGACGUUAGUGAACAUAUCGGUCAAUGAUUGAGUGAAACGUGAGAAUGAACUUUGGUAAAAUUCUAAAAUGAAGACGCGCGAUCGUCGAGCUAAGCAAGAUUUUCGAGGAAAACAGGAUAAGAAGGGAGUGAAGCAGGAAGUGUCGCGCAGCGGGAAGCGGCACGGGAGCGCUGUUGGUGCCGCGGAGUCAGCUGCCGCGGCUCGCGAGCGCACCAAGAGAUCCGGCGUGGAGGCUGUCAAGCUGCACCUGCAGGUGACCGGCGACCCCGGGAGAACAUCACGAUCUGCUACAUCGGUUCGUAAGACGAGCAUCCGAAUGACUGCUAUAAAGGAAUAUCCCUUCGACUUGAGUGAUUUACAAAAUCAGCCGAGUGUCGCCGGCGACACGCGACCGACGCAGACGCAGCCGGCGUUAACGCAACCUACGGCAGUGCAGCCUACAGCAGCGCCACCAAACCCACCGACGAUCAAACCUCGCGUCUCCGUCCCGUCGCUUGAAGGAAAAAGGAAAGUUUCCAUCAUGGCCGACGAAUCCAGUAAGGAUCGAGAAAACCUCCCAUCGGAUAGGAAUGGAAGCGUAUCAGCAAAAGCGGAAGGGCCUUCGCGCCGCAAGAGCAACCUUCACAAUGCCAUGGCAGCAGACAUGGACUCCUCCUGGGACCGCCAGACACACAUCGAGGGCAGAUUCAAGAAAUAUUCCACGACAUCAUCCGUUUACUCAAAGAAGGCACUAUCACAACAGAGCGAAUACAUUGAAAGAUCUUGGUGGUACGCGUGUUGUCAGAAGUGUCAUUCAGAGGACUCCGGUAUUCCCUCGUGGGAACCACCAAACUGGCAGAAGGUCUGCCCCUAUCCACUAUGUCCUUCAUACCGGCAAUUCGCACAAAACAUCGCAGUACUAAUCAUUGGCAUACUGGUGUGGGUGAUCGUAUGGAUAGUGAUGGGCGAGACAGCUGCGCCUGGCGGCCAGCUGUUUUCCUUCGCCGUCUUGACUAUCGCCGCCUACUUCGGAGGAUGGCUCAUGCUGAAGAUUACAACGUUGCCAGCUCUCAUAGGAAUGCUUAUAGUGGGGAUCAUUAUGAAAAACGUCGGUCUCGUCAAUUUUGACGAGACCUAUCAACACGUUGCUUCCUAUAUCAGAAAAAUUGCUUUGACCAUCAUCCUAACGCGAGCUGGCUUGGACUUGGACCCGAAUGCUAUGAAGAAGUACUUCCUAACAGUGAUCAAGCUGGCCUUAGUUCCCUGGACAUUCGAGUGUAUACUCUGCGCAGUCCUCGCUUACUUCCUACUAGGAUUGCCCUGGAAUUGGGCAUUCCUUCUAUCGUCGAUCAUUGCGGCUGUGUCUCCGGCUGUGAUCGUGCCGUGCUUGUUCCGUCUUCGUGAAAAGGGCUAUGGUGUCUCCAAGGGUAUCCCGACCCUGGUGCUGGCGGUGUCCGGUGUUGAUGAUGCUGCCAGUGUCGCAGUCUUCGGAAUCGUCUCGUCCAUCAUGUUCUCUAGUUCUUCGCUUACUAUGAAUGUUAUUCAGGGUCCACUGAGUGUAAUCGGUGGUAUACUGCUGGGAGUAUUAUGCGGAUAUCUUGUGAAGUUCGUUCCGGAGCGAAAUGACGCCUUCUUGGUGCCUCUGCGAGUUAUCUUACUGCUGGCUGGUGGAUUGAUGAUGGUACUCGGCUCUGAGGAAAUUGGAUGGGGUGGCGCUGGUCCAUUGGCUGUGAUUGCGUUUGCGUUCGUGGCUUGCAAGAACUGGACAGAUCUUGGGUGGGAACUGGAAGACAACCCGGUGGCCACUGCCUUCGAAAUCUUCUGGAUGUUCUUCGAACCUAUGCUCUUCGCAGUAACUGGUGCUCAAGUUGUGAUCGCAGAUCUUGAACCCCACUUGGUUUUGAUUGGCGGUGGUAUACUGGUGUUAUGUGCGGUGCUCCGUGCCAUCGUGACCAGCACCUGUGCCGUCCGCAGCAACCUCAACAUGAAGGAAAAGAUCUUCGUUGGUCUCGCCUGGAUGGCCAAAGCUACAGUACAGGCCGCUCUAGGACCAGUUGCUUUGGAUGAAGUGCGUAAAAUGGCCGGCGGAGAGCCAGACCCAGUAAUGAUCGAGUACGCAGAGACUGUCAUCACGGUGUGCAUCAUGUCCAUUGUGAUCACCGCACCCAUCGGAGCCAUCGUCAUCACGCUCACUGGACCCAAACUACUUUCGAGAACAACUAAGCCACCUGUGUUGGAAGGUUGGCGACGAUCCCACCGUCCGUCUAUUCGCGACAUAUCUAUUAUCGACGAGGAAGAGGUGGCGGAGCGCGAUGCGGAGGCGGAGGCGGAAAACUCGCGGCCGAGCAGCCCGAAGGCUCGGCCGGCGGUGGCCAGCAGCACUCCGGCGCCCAUCACCGUGCAGCCUGGACACAACAGCUCUUGACUGCCAUAACUUCUAUAACACUUCGAUCACUGCUGCCAUUCCAUUUGCGACCUUGUUCGACCCUAUAUUUACUAUGAGCUGCUUAAUGGUCUCGUAUAAGUUAUUGAUACAGGGAUUUAGUAAGACGACGCUCACACGAAGCCGUUCUGUAAUAGAUACGCGCUACAACAACGUGAGUCAUUUUGUUCGAAAGAUAUUCAAAUGCCUGUCUGGGCAUUAGCAUAACACAAUAUGUGUGUACAGCCGCGUAGUCCGGUUUCAUUCUCAUUCAACGAAAUUGGUACAGAUACCUACGAAUGUAUUGCCUAGAGAUGCUUUUCAGUUACAGAGAAUUAAAGUUAUUAUCGUUAAACGUUGAUAUCAAACUUGCAUUUUUUAUAUGUUGGGCAACACAUACUACUUACUUAACUCAGUGAAGUCGAAAUAUACAUACAAAAGGUUGAUAUUUUAUAAAUAUCUUUAUGUUUAUUGUAUCGUAAAUAUAAAGGACCAGAAAAAUUAUUACUAAAGCAAUUUACACCACUUUGAAGAUAUUAAUUCUUAAAACUUUUAGGUACUUAGAGAGGGUUUAGUUUAAGAUAUAGUUGUUCUAUAACGUUCAUGUGAUAAAGGUGUAUACUUAAUUAUUUGGUGUUAUAAAACCUCGCUAGUGAAGUUUUACUAUGAAAUAUUACCGCUGUAAGAACAUAUUUAACUUAUAAGAACUUUGUCUACUUUAUUCCUAUAGGUUUUAUUUUGCAUAGUGGUCAUCAGUAUUGCUAUUAUUUAUGAAAACGAUUUAGUUUAGGUAUCAGAACGAAUAUUGUUAAUGUUAUUCGGUACAAACAAUUAUUAAUUACUUAAUGUAAGGCUCGAUGCAGCAUAUCCAUUGCUCAUUGUCGAUAUGUAUUUUAGGUAAUUAGGUAGUCUGUAUAUUAUGUGUAAAAAUGUUUCUUCACCUUAUAAUGUACGUAUGGAUAUCUGCGUACUGAUUAGUUUUGUAUAGUAUCAUUUGUAAAUAACACCCCAAGUCACAUUUUUAUGUACCUAAGUACUUAUAUGCAUCAUGGGAUUCAAUUAUUUUAGAGUGAACUGUGGGACCAAUUUAUUUUUGUAAUAAUACCACAAUUGAACCUAAAAUUGUAAUAACUAAACAGACAUCGCUUUUCACGAAGUAUUAUUGUAAUAUUAUCAAAUUAAAUACUAUUUACUAUUAUUGUAAAAUCGUUAUUGUCUGUUUUCUACACAAUGAAUUAAAGAGAAUAUAUUUAAUAUAAAAAUAAUUGUUUCAAAUAUCAUGAUGAAAUUAUCAAAAAGAGUAUAAAAGCAAUAAAAUAUUUACAAAACCA